CUCGACGACGCGGCGAAAGCGCGCAGGGCGCAGGAAGACGAGAUCUACGCGGACGAGCUCGCGAUCCAGCAGCUCGAGGCGGAGAUCGCAAAGCUGGAGGCUGCGCAAGCCCAGGAGCGGGGAAAAGCAAAAUCAAACGAUCAAGACUCAAUGAUCACCCGCCUCCUCGCCGCCAACGACGCCUCAUUCGCCUCGCUCCCACCCACGCCCACCUUCGACUUCGACGCGGCCGUCGCAGACGCGGCGAUCCCGUCCGCGCUGCCCCUGCCCGUCUCCAACCCGCUCCCCCAACUACGCGCCUUCUCCGCGCUAACCUUCACCAAAUCCUUGGUCACGCCGCUCCCGCCCGGCUUGAACCGGCAGCACCAGAUCGUGGGGUACGCAGGCGCGCCCAUCGCGGCGCUGACGUUCCAAGUCUCGCUCGUGGUGUCCGCGCACGAAGAGACGGUCGAGGAGCUGUACUGCUCCGUUAGUCAGUGGGCGCGUGGCGAACUCACGCCCGUCAUCAAGGAGUGCGCGGGCGCGCGUGAUCCAAAGGUCCUGCUGUGGGCGAUCAGCACGUACCAGCCGCUGGCGCUCAAGCGCGCGAAGGUGUGGGCGCGGCUGUGUUGGCGGUACCCGGGACUGCUGCCGCAGUACGCUCCCGGGAGCAAGAGGAUCAGCAAAAAGGCAAAGGCAAAGGCGAAGGCACAUAAACCCUCGCCCCGAGAGAUCAAUGCCCUGCUCGGUGAGCGGGUGCUAUGCUUUCGCCCCAGAAGUGCGGGGAAGGGGGACAAGGGGAAGAGAUCGCUGGAGUUCGUGGUGCGGUGGAGUAUAGGCGUCGAUGAGGUCGGCGAGGCCGUAAGCACUGUUGAUGGCGAUGCAAGGGUGCCGGGCGUUUGGACACAAAUCGACGCGGACGGAAACCUGGCCAGGGUAGCGCCGCUGUUCAAGGACCUUGUCGCCGAACGAGGCGUCUUCGAGGCUGUCAAGUGUAUGGUCGGAUUACUGUUUCCGCACGAGGAGCCGCGGGAGUGACACCGCAGUAGUAGGAGUCAUCUCAUAUGUUUGCAAUUUGCAUGGGUUGGUUGCUUGGUUGGGCAGGCGUUUUGGGGUGUUUUUGUAAAUUAUUCUUUGAGCUCUUUGAGGCUGGAGCUCGUCAAUUUCAACUGAGAUACCAGGUGGGUGGGUGGGAUGAAUAGGUGAAUAGAGGAACUGUUUGUAACUUGUUGCACCGGUGGACGCGGAACUGGGAUGGAUUCGUGAGGCGGAUUGACAACGGGACUUCAUGAGAUGGC